AUCAUCCUGCGUUGGAGUGUCGUUGACGUCGCAGAAUUAGCCACGCCUCUCCACAGAGCAGCAACCGGAAAAUACCCAUUGGCUGAGGAAUGCGGCGACGUUAAGACUCAAUAAUUUGAAGUCAGCAAAUCAUGGCUGGCUUCAGGCAGGAGGAUGUGGAGAUCUUCUAUGAAAUGGGAGAAGAGUUAGGAAGUGGCCAGUUUGCCAUUGUGCGUAAAUGCAAAGAAAAGAGCAGCGGAUCUGAAUAUGCUGCCAAGUUUAUCAAGAAGAGACGUCUGUCCUCCAGCCGACGAGGCGUGAGCCGGGAGGAGAUCGAGCGAGAGGUGAACAUCCUCCGAGAGAUUCAGCACAGCAACAUCAUCACACUACACGACAUCUUUGAGAACAAGACCGAUGUGAUCCUGAUCCUGGAGCUGGUGUCUGGAGGAGAGCUCUUUGACUUCCUGGCUGAGAAGGAGUCGCUGACUGAGGAGGAGGCCACGCAGUUCCUCAAGCAGAUCCUGGAUGGAGUUCACUACCUGCACUCAAAACGCAUCGCUCACUUUGACUUGAAGCCUGAAAACAUAAUGCUGCUAGAUAAAAAUGUGCCGAACCCCAGAAUCAAGUUGAUCGAUUUUGGAAUUGCACAUCAGAUUAAGGAUGGAAAUGAAUUUAAAAACAUCUUUGGAACUCCGGAGUUUGUUGCACCGGAAAUUGUAAAUUAUGAACCCCUUGGGCUGGAGGCAGAUAUGUGGAGCAUUGGAGUAAUCACUUAUAUACUCCUGAGUGGCGCUUCUCCAUUUCUUGGUGAGACCAAACAAGAAACACUUACCAAUAUUUCAGCAGUCAACUAUGACUUUGACGAAGAGUACUUCAGCAACACAAGUGAACUCGCCAAGGACUUCAUUCGCCGUCUGCUCGUCAAGGAUCCCAAAAAAAGAAUGACAAUCGAGGACAGCCUGCAGCACUCAUGGAUCAAGGUCAUUAAGAGACGAAACGUUCGACCCGAAGAGAGCGAGCGCAAGUCUGAACGCAGGCGGCUGAAGACCACACGUCUCAAAGAGUACACCAUCAAAUCCCACUCCAGCAUGCCUCCCAACAACACCUACAUCAACUUCGAGCGCUUCUCCCAGGUCAUGGAGGAGAUUGCAGUGGCCGAAGAAGGUCUGCGAGAGCUGGAGAAAAACCAGCGGUCGUGCGGCGAGGAUGUGACCGCACUGCUUUCCAUCUACGAGGAGAAGGAAAGCUGGUAUAAAGAGGAGAACGAAAGCAUCGCCGCAGAUCUCAGUCAGAUCAAACAGGAGCUUCAGAAAACCCAAGCCCUGCGCAGACAGAGCCAAGAAGAGGCUCGUGCUGCCAUGCUCUCAGCCAAUACCCUCAAACGCAAAUUCGGCCGACUGGAGAACCGAUAUGAAGUUCUGGCUGAGCAGAUGGGCUCCGAGGUGCGCUGGGUAGAGGAGCUAGUGCGCACCAUUUCAGCUGAAAACCACACUCGCAGCACCAGCAUGGCUUGAGGUUUGCUUUCUCAAUCUAAUAAUGACUAUCUACUGUCUUUGCUUGGUGUGUGCAGAGAUAUAGUGUGUUAAAAGAUUAGUUCACAACCAGAAUUGACAUUUUUUCCAGUAAUUUGCUUGCCCCUUUUCAUCGUAGAUGUUACCUGAAGAAAAUAUCAGAUUUAUUUGUUUAAAACUAUAUCAUCUAAGAAAAUGACUGAUCGUUUAGCUUAUUUCCUGUCUCUGGAAUCCUUAGAAGCUGUAUUAAAACUGCAGGUUGGACAUUGAAUCCACUGAGUACAAUAGUAAUCCUAUAUAUUGAGGAAAAACUUCACAUUUUCCUCAAAAACCUUCAAUAAUUUUCAAUUAAAAUAAGGAAGAAGAAGGGGAGCAAGUAAAUUACGAGGAAACUUUCAUUCAGAAAGUGAACUAAACUUUAAAUAUUGCGUUAAGCUUCAUGUGAUCCUGUAGGGUUCGUGUUACUCUUAGAACAAAUGCUCGAGCGGUUAAAAAAAAGUUCAUCUAAAGGUGAGCAUGUAUUAAGAAUGAGCUGUUCGCUUGUGCAAUAUACAGUAGUAUCAGUUUGUUGCAGCUGAAGUGAACAUUUAGCUUGUGUACUCGCAGCCUCAAAAUUAUACAUGCUGGUUUAGUCUAUUUAAAAAAAGAGUUAUUAAAGACUUGAGAAUCAAUUACAGCACUCAAAGCAAACGAUAUCAAUGUACAUUGCAACUAAUGCACUACACAAUCCUCUAUGAGGAAUUUUAAGAUGCCAAUUGAUUUGUGGUGCUGCAUGUCUGCUUUCCUAUGCAAAUCAGAUCCUUAUUUUAUGAUGUGAGAUAAAUUAAAUUACUCUUAAAACAUAUAAUGGUCCUAAAUGCUGUCUUCGGAUGAGCUGUAGAGAUAUAUAUAGUACUUGGAAAGCUGCUUCAGUUUAAAGGAAUAGAUCACCUCAAUUUGUAUCAUUUAUUCACUCAGUUCUUUCCAAACCAGUGUGACUUACUUUCAUAUAUUGAAUGUUAAAGUAAAAAUAAUUUUGGACUUUCAUAGUAUGUACAAAACAGUUUGCGGUUUGCUAAACAAAGAAAGUCAUACAGGUUGGGAAAUGACACAAGGGCAAGUAAAUGAUGAUGGACUUUUUUGUUUUUUGGGCGACCGUCUUUAUUUUCUUUUGCAUAAGACGCACUUCAAACAUUCCAUUUUUUUGUGUGUGACAUUCCAUAUGUAAAUGAGCAUCAUUAUCUCUCAGGAAAUAAUUGUGCUCAUUAAAGUCAUAGCAAUAUCUGUUUGCUUACAGUACUGUAUCCAUUAUUGUGUCGUUUUAUUACGUUUAUAUAAACAUACGAAAAACCCAUUCAAAUAAAAGUACUGAAGAAGA